AAAAUAAAGAAAUAUUUUUCACUAUUGAGUACUUACUGGUUUUGUUGUAAUCGCAUCGCAAUACAUCCAAUUAAGUAAUUGAAAGAGUUUUCAAGACGAACUCUUCAUGUUAUUAAAAUGAAACUCAAACAAAAAGAAUAUACACAAGUGUAUUGUAAUAAGUAAAGAGAAUUUUCGAAAAUAAGUGUCAUGGAAGUUGAAUACCGACUUCUUAACCAGACAGAUGUGCCUGAGAGACCAUCAAGUCGAAGAAAAUCACAAGGACCUUCGAGCGGAGGAACCAGCAAUCUAAAACUAUCAUUCCUAUGCCUAAUAGUAUCGGUUUUGUUAAUCUUAGUUGUAUUAGGGGUCUAUAUGGAUUCAAUGAGUCCUAUUUUUGAAAGGAUUGCAUCUAAAUUUGGCUAUGACAAAACACAAUAUGCAGUGAUAAUAGAUGCUGGAUCAACUGGAAGUAGAGUUCUUGCUUAUAAGUUCCACAGAAGUCUCAUUGAUCACAAAUUGAUUUUAGAUGAAGAAAUUUUUAAGGAGCGAAAACCAGGACUUUCAUCUUUUGCAGAUUCUCCUCUUAAAGGAGCCAACACUAUAAAACUACUCUUAGAUGAAGCAAAAGCUUUUAUUCCCAAAGAAAAAUGGUCUGAUACACCAUUGGUUUUGAAAGCUACCGCUGGCCUCAGAUUGUUGCCACAAGUGAAAGCUGAAAAUCUGCUAAACGCUGUCCGAGAUUUGUUUGCCAAAUCCGAAUUCAAUGUUAACGAAAAUGCCGUAGAAAUUAUGGAUGGUACAGAUGAAGGAAUAUUCUCGUGGUUUACAGUAAAUUUCUUGCUAGGACGUCUUUCUAAGGCGAAUCAAGCCGCCGCUUUGGAUUUAGGUGGAGGCAGUACACAAGUUACAUUUUCCGUACCUGAUCCAGAACAAGUUCCAAUUUAUGAAAAAUACAUACAUCCUGUGCAAACACUCAAUAAGCAAAUGUAUGUUUUCACGCACAGUUACCUGGGCCUCGGUUUGAUGGCUAUUAGACAUGCAGUGUUUACUCGUAAUUACAAAAAAGGUGAUACUGUUUUGGAGAAUGCAUGUUUAAAUCCAAUUAUUCACAACAAAACUUGGACGUAUUCAAAUGUGGAAUACAAGAUAAGUGGCAAAGAGAAUUCAAAAUCAACUCUAGAAAACCCUGUUGUUGAUUUUGAGGAUUGUUUGGAGUUAGUUAAAAGUCAAGUGAUGCCUCUUAUUAAGCCAAAACCUUUUACUCUGAAACAACAUACUGUCGCCGCCUUCAGUUAUUAUUUUGAACGAGCCGUUGAAUCUGGAUUAAUUGACCCAUUUGCUGGAGGUGAAAUCACAGUGGAAGACCUUCGCAAGAAAGCACGAGAAGUGUGUGCUAUUCCGAAUGAUGACCAGCCGUUCAUGUGUUUCGACCUUACGUAUAUAUCUAUUUUAUUACGAGAAGGUUAUGGACUUUCGGAUUCCAAAAAAAUAAAGUUAUACAAAAAAAUUGACAACCAUGAAAUUUCAUGGGCAUUGGGAUGUGCCUAUAAUGUGCUCACUAGCGAUGAGCGCUUCCAAGCAUAAAAUAAAUUAAGGAUAAGUUUCUGUUAAAAAGGAGCAAGCUAUGGUGCCUUAAUAAAUUGAAGAAUUUAUGAUAUCUGUGCACAAUUAAUCAUCAAAAAAUUGACUUGUCUCUGAUAUUCGGUAAAAGUAAAACACAACGAUGCACAAGCGCCUUUUGUAUUUUAUUUCUUAUCGAACAACUAAAGUCCAUCGACAAUUAAAAAAAAGAAUCAUCUAGCGCUUAAAUCGGACAAAUUCACAGUUUAGGAACUACAGUUUUUGAUGCAGAACAAGAAAUAAAAAAAAUUCCACAUCAGUCGGUGCAAUAAAAAAAUGUAUAUAUGUAAUAGUAUAUCUUGUCGAUAAGAAAAAAUACAGUAAAACAUUUACAAAAAGUGAAA